GUGAAGCUCAUCGAGGCCGAGCUGGAACGUCUCAUAGUUGCGAACCUGUCAGAACGCUUCAAGCAGGCAGCGACCGACGUCUCAAUUCUCUCCGUCUGCGAGACAAAGGAGACGAAAGUUCCGACCGGCUUGUGGAACAACCCCCGAUACGUACUUGUCAACGAAUCAUUUGGCGCCACUCUUGCUCCGUACGAAGACAUCUUAUGCGUCAAUCUAGACCAUCACGAGCUUCUCCGCUGCCCACCGAAAGACGAAAUGCUUAAGCGCAUUCUCGGACUUGUUCAAGCCAUAUCUUUGCGAAAGGUCAGCCAGACAUCAGGUACUGGAAGCGGUGGCCCCGCUGCCGAACAGAUUAACGAUGAAUUAGAUGACAGUAGUGGUUCCAGCGGUGAGCUGGUGGAAGAGCCAGAAGACCUGGGCCCCGAAAGUGACGAAGCUGUCAUAAAUUCGGUGACAGAACGGUCUAGUACUGAACUGCCCACGUUAUACGAGUUCGCGUCUCAAGCAAAAACCCUGAAAGUGCCUCUGUACAUUCUCAAGCCCGCGGUACAGAAUGCGAGCUUUUUCGGCAGAGAUGCCAUCCUAUCUUUGAUUGAUCAGAAGUUACUGCCGUCAGAUUCUCUAGACAGCCAAACACAAAAAGUGUUUGCACUGUGUGGGCUUGGUGGUGUCGGGAAAACCCAAGUUGCAAUGGAAUAUGCAUUUUCGAGACGCGACAAAUUUGACGCCAUCUUCUGGAUCGAUUCGGAUCAACAAACGCAGUUCUUUGAGGGGUUCUCUGCAAUUGCCUCGCACCUCGGACAUACGGAGACACUGGACCAAGAUCGCGUGGUAAGUCGUGAUAUUGCACUGGAAUGGCUCUGCAACCCGCGUAAACGAAUAUCUGCAAACAGUCCCGCACCCGAGGUCAACGCUACUUGGCUUUUGAUAUUCAACAAUGUGGACGACGGCAACCAUAUUCAGAGCUUCUGGCCACAAUGUAGCCUUGGUUCUGUUUUGAUCACAAGUCGGGAUCCUCUAACCAAGAGGGGAAGAGAGGGAGUUGAUCUAGAACCGUUCGAGCCGGAUGAGGCAGCAGAGCUCUUGCGCAAACUGUUGAAACUAUCUGGCACUAUAGACAACAUAGACGCAUCUGUAAGAUUGGCAAAACGGCUAGGAGGGCUCCCACUCGCAAUCACUCAAGUCGCAGCGCUAAUAGAGAGAUGGGAAAUGACACUCGAAGAAUUCAUCAAGCACUUGGAGAGUCAAGCUUCGAUCGCAAGAGUCGCGAAGAACAAACCUUCAGAUACAAAUGAUCAUUAUAAGCAUUCCAUCUUCACUGUUUGGGCAUUAGAUAGCUUGACCCCGGGCGCUUGGGCGCUUUUGCAGGUUAUCGCAUUCCUCAAUCCAGACUCGAUCCGGGAAGGAUUGCUUCGACGAGACGGACUGAAGACUACAGUGGGUUACCCAGGGUCCGACGACGACUUUAUUGACGCUCGCACCGAUUUACUAAAAGUAUCCCUUAUCAAAAGAAACAGGCCGACCAAGAAUGAUCCAGAGCAAGACGGUGAGCUUACGCUGCAUCGUCUUGUCCAGGACGUUGCAAGGGCCCAAACGAUUGAUGCGGAUGUCCCAGAGAUGCUGAAAUUCAUAUUGCGUCUUCUACUUUCGUCAUGGCCAACUGCAUUUCUGCAAUUUGACCAUGAUUCGGCGAUUUGGGCGAAAUGUGGCGAACUCCUACCCCACAUCUUACGAGUUCAAGCGGAAAUUAAGAAGCAUCGUGUCUUCGAGUCUUCGAUCAACGAUCGGAAAGACUAUGCAAGGCUCUUGCUGUUUGCUGGCUGGUACCUUUUCGAGCGAAUCGAUUUCGAGAGCGCCAAGCCACUUUACCUGGAUGUACUUCAACUAUGUCUCGUGGAGCCAGUUGAAAUGGCUGAAAUACAGGCGGAUGUGCUUUUCGCCUUGUCAGCACUCUCCGCCCAGAUCAACGGAAAAGUUGAGAAAUCACUCUCCUAUGCUCAACAACACUAUGAUGCACGACUCGAGCUUCGCGAUGGCAGUGAAUUAGGCGAGGCUCGCAUGGCGAUGGCUUACGGUGAGCUGGCUCAUAUACAGAUGAUUGCUGGAAAACAUGACGAUGCCAUCGAAAACGCCAAAGAAGGCAUUAACAUGACCUGGAAAAGCCCUCUUUUCUUGGCUGGAAACGACUGGCCGACAUUUGCACACAGCCACCAGGCCUUUAGCCUGGCGGCUCUGGGCCAGUACGAGAAAGCUUUGGAACUGGUAAACGCUACGCUGAAGUAUUGGAACUCCCAUUCAAAUGAGACACAUGCAUUUGCGCUGGGAAUAACGUAUCGCUGUCUCGGGUACGUGAAGAGGAAACAGGGCCUGCAAGACGAAAGCAAGGACGCCUGGCUCCACGCUCUUGAGCACUUUAAAUCCACCGUUGGUGAUAAAUCGCACUACACGAGCCAAUGCUGUCGAAAUCUUGGAAUUUAUCAUUCACAAAACGUACAUAUUUCGAACAAGCUCUCCGGGGUUACCGAACGCAUCCCUUCUACAGGUCGGAGCUAGCAUGGACUCUCUUUUGCUUGGGUGAGACAAAGAGGGCAAAUGGUGAUGAGCUGGGAGCAGACAUCGAUCUCAAAGAAGCGUUGAAGCUCUAUGGACAAGGUGUCGAUAGUAUACCGGAAG